CCCAUGGCAACAGUGACACAAAUGGCGUCGGGGGUGCCUCAACAAUAACUGACAGGAGGACGUUUACAUUAAAAAGUGUAGCUGUUUAGCGCUCUGUUUCAUUUUAUAACAUUUACCACCAUGUAGUUUUCCUCAGGGGUUUAAAGCAAGACGUGUCUGUAUUAAGCAGCGGUGUUAUUUGAUACUUGUAAAUUGUUUAGCUAUUUGUCGUUGUUUACUGUGCCUUAAUGAGCUGCGUGCUAUCGCAUCGCUCCGAGGCUCGGGAAUGCAGAAAUCAGAUGAUCCGUACGAGAGAUUCAUUUUGCUUCAUCUCCAGCAUUAUGGAUUCCUCCCAGAUAAUACCCCUUCUGUGCAUUUGGGUGUCCCCAUUAAGAGAGAGUGGGAGGGCAAUCAAGAUUCUGCUGCUUCAGACAUGAUCAACUCACCGUCUGAGAGCAAUGACUCGAACUACGAGGAAGAGGAGCAGGAGGAACCCAAGCCAUGUCAAAAUUUUUUCAGCUUAGACAAAGUUCUUAGAACCCGUCAGCUUGUGUUUGAUUUUGACGGCGAGCGGCCCAUUCCACGCCUGAGGGAGCCUUUGGACCUCUUCACAAUCCCAUCUACCUCGUGUCCGUUCCAGGGCGUCCGCUGGCCCAUCGAGUGCGAAGUGAUCCGUGACAAGGUCCAACAUAUAGAAUGGGACCCUUCAGAGCCGGAGCCAUUCUAUCAAGCAACAGGUGAUGAACAGGCUCCCAUGCCUGCUGGAGGGGUGAGAGGAAACACUGUCUACCGCAUAGACCCAGCCACAAAAACCUCGUACUUCACCUACUCUCGCGUGGGUGGGAGCAGAGGACCCAUUAAAAGUGCCACUUCCUGUGCCAAACAUCAGGAGGAGCCUACGCUAGCUUUCGAGUCCCGUUUUGAGAGCGGAAACCUACAAAAAGCAGUGCAAGUUGGUCAGUAUGACUAUGAGCUGACUUUGCGCACUGACUUGUACACCACUAAGCACACUCAGUGGUUCUACUUCCGGGUGAGGAACAUGAGGGUAGGUGUCACUUACCGCUUCACCAUCGUCAACCUGAUGAAGGCCAGCAGCCUGUACAGUGCUGGAAUGAGGCCACUGCUCUACUCUGAGCACGCUGCCUGGCUGAAGGGCGAAGGAUGGCAGAGGACAGGAGCAAAUAUUAGGUACUACAGAAACAACACUGAACAGGAUGGUAAAGCGCUGUACUCUCUCACCUGGACUCUGGAGUUUCCUUUCGACGGUGACACCUGCUACCUGGCCCACUGCUACCCUUACACAUAUUCAAACCUACAGCAUUACCUGCGUGAGGUCAUCUCAGACCCUGUCCGUGCAGCUUACUGUAAACUGCGGGUGCUCUGUCGUAGUCUGGCAGGAAAUGCGGUGUACGUGUUGACAGUAACAGCUCCGUCCAACAGCUUAGCAGAACGCAAAGCCAAGCGGGCAGUUGUUGUGACAGCACGGGUGCAUCCAGGAGAAACCAACGGCUCUUGGAUGAUGCAGGGCUUUCUUGAGUUCCUGCUGAGCGACUUGCCCGACGCACGUUUGUUGAGGGAAAUCUUCAUCUUUAAGGUUAUACCGAUGUUGAACCCUGACGGUGUGGUGGUGGGAAACUACCGGUGUUCACUCACAGGCCGCGAUUUGAACCGAAACUACCGCAGUCUGCUGCGUGACUCUUUCCCAUGCAUUUGGCACACUCGCAACAUGGUGAAACGGUUGCUUGCUGAAAGAGAGGUGGUGGCCUACUGUGACUUUCAUGGUCAUAGCAGAAAAAACAACGUGUUCAUGUAUGGAUGCAGUGAUCGGAAAGAUGCCUCGCAGUGUCUUCAAGAACGCGUUUUCCCUCUCAUGAUGAGCAAGAACGCUACAGACAAGUUUUCUUUUAGGAGUUGCAAGUUCAAAAUGCACAAGAGCAAAGAGGGCACCGGCCGCAUCGUCAUGUGGAGACUAGGCAUUAGGAACAGUUACACAAUGGAGUCAACCUUCGGAGGCUCCACACUUGGCAACAGGAGGGGAACACACUUCAGCACACGGGACCUGAAAUCAAUGGGCUAUUGCUUUUGUGAUACUCUGCUGGAUUUUUGUGACCCCGACCCAGCCAAGACCAAACACUGUCUGGAGGAGUUAGGGCUGUUACUGAGACAAGAGGUCAGACGAAAGCUGGGAAGAGAAGUGGACUCCUUAGAGGAUCUGUCUGAGAUUGACAUUGAGUCUAGCACAAGUGGAUCAAACAGUACUGAAUCAGAUGGACUUCCUGUUCAUCUUCUAAAUGCCACAAACCAGGGCAAGAAAAAACACUUAAGAAGCCGCAAAGAAAGGAACCGACUCCGACAAGAACGAGUACAGAGCGCAGGACCCAAAAUUAUUCAAAGGAAUGUCAAACAUUUGGAUCCUGUGCCCUCAAAUGAAGAUGUGGUCAAAGUGAGAAUCCAAGAGAAAACUGUGUGCUUUGUGAAGAACUCUAAGAAACAAAAGAUGCCAUGUCCGGUAAGGGCGAAUCAGACGGCGAGGUCUUGGAUCCCUCAUCCCACCACUCACAUUGGUGUUGUAGAAAAUGUUUCUGAUCUAUGGGGGAACAGACCAGAAAAGAUUGCGUCUGGCACCAGUUUGCACAAUGGUUAUUCAUCUUACCGCCACUAUGUCUCAGUUGACACUGGGCAUAAAACGUAUCAGCACUCUACCUCAUCAGCCCCCCAGGGCCAGUUACAACGACAGACCCUCCUAGUUAUUGGAGGUCAGAAAAGAUGUCCGUCAGUACCUGCCUCCAGAGAAAGGUCUCUGACUAUACCAGUCCAGCCGUACACUAUGCCCUUCUACCCUGAUUACAGACCUCAGCCAGAAAUGAAAGUAAGACCCCAUAUUACCAACAUCAUACAGAGGAGUCAACAAAAACUCAGGCAGGAAAGUCAGAUGCAGGUGACCCAUAUUCCAGUCAAACAUUUAAUGCCACUAGACAACAUGGGAACCCUGAGGAUCAGUCAUAAAACAGAUGGACGAGCAGGUGCUGUGGCUGGCCUUCCAUCACCAGAUACGGAGAAGUCCAGAAGGGCCAGUACACAAGAUGCUUCCUGCUUCCUCCCUGACCUACACAGCAGCGGCCAGUUGUUUGGGAAUCAGGCCGCGAUCGGAAGUCUGAGGUUAGGGAGGCUGCCCAAAGGAAGCAAAACUCAGGUUUUCAGGAGAAAUGUCGCUUCCACAGACAGCCUGAGCAGUGAGAAGUGUCAUCUGCGGUCGACUCAAGAGUCCAUGCAAGUGAAGGACGAUCCUCAAACAUCCCACAUGCUGCAGCCUUAUGACAAGCCAGAAAAAAGCACAUGAAGAAGAUGCAGCCAUGUGCCUGAAUAUAUAGUUUAUAUAAUUCACUAUUUUCAAUUAAGAGUUGUUUUUUUAAAUACAUUUAAUAAAAGAUACAUAAACACUGGAAAACAAAGACUUUUUCAUUUUGUUUUAGCUAUAUUCUGAAAUAAAUAGUACACUAAAAUUAUUU